CUUUCCCCACUACUAUCAAUGUAGAUAUUCCAACUGAUAGUGGCCAGUGGGAAUUUCCAGUGUGUGUAUGAUUGAUAUAUACACACAUUGGUAAUUUAGAAUAUUCAAUAAUAUUACUAAAAUAUUACUAUUUAUAGGAAUGCCAUUUAACUAUAACUGAAUAUUUAACAAAUGAUUGCAAUGCACAUUCAAAAGAUUAUGGAAGCCAUUGUUGGGUGUAAUAGAUUGAUAGGGUUAUUCACUAAAGAGAAAAUUGUCAGAAAUUCAAAGCAAAGGCAAAAUUAGUCGAAACUGGAAGCGUAGCUUACUGAAAAUGUUUCCAGUUUGGCAAUUUUAUUUAAAAUUUUAAAUUCAUCUUGAAUUCCUGACAAUUCUUAAUAUAACACAUAACCCUGUGAGUGUCAGCGUUAGAAAGUUCUAUUGAUAACAGGUUAAUGGCAGCAUGGGCAGCCACAUCAAAAUUAUAUUAAACCAUGUGCAGACCAAAAUGUGUCCUUGUUAUAACAGUAAACUCGUUGCGAAAUCACUUUGAUAAAAAAAUGUUUUUCCUCACCUGAAAAACCUUAUGCUAGCUCUUUAGAUAAUCCAAUAUUAAAGCUAUUUUUGAAUUCAGGGAUCAGUAUCUUACUAGAAUAAUAGUGGGCCUUGUAUAUUAAAUCAAUCCUAAACAACUCUGAGCGAUGCCAGACAUCUUAUUAUUAUUAUGCUAUUUAUAUAGCGCCAUCAAAUUCCGCAGCGCUUUACAAUGGGUGGACGGACAGACAUGUAGUUGUAACCAGACAAGUUGGACGCACAGGAACAGAGGGGUUGAGGGCCCUGCUCAAUGAGCUUACAUGCUAGAGGGAGUGGGGUAAAAUGACACAAAAAGGUAAGGAUAGUAUUAGACUAGUGAAAGUUGCAGAAGAGGAAUCAGUCAGGAGCUAUUCACAUAUGCCAGAAAAUAUAAAUAACAUUCUACUACACACACUGUAGGUCACAAUGAAGAAAAAUUGUAUCAUAACUAUUUAAAACUGAAUUUCGGAAACAAAAUGUCUGACAUUUGAGAAAAGUUGAGAUGGCAAUUUGUUUAUUGACUCUCAAAUGCUUUGUUAGACAACGGUCUAAUUCAGUUUACAACUACAAAACACUUAACCCCUUAACGCCGUCCUGCAUUAAAUGGGCUUUAAAGCCGUUGCGGCAGCAUAGAACGCCGUAACGGCUUGCAGCCACAGGAGCUCGGAGGUACUUACCUCCGCCCGCGAUCCUCUUCGGGAGGACUGCCUGAGAGCCCAGGCAGCCCUCCCCGGGCAAAUCUGGCCCCCUAUAGCUGGCUGUGGAUCUGCCAGCAGGGGGACUGUCUAAAAUGUCAGACAAUCCCCCUACUGGUGGGAAGUAUAAACAUAUUUUAUUAAACAUGUUUAAAAUAAAUUGCAAGUAUAUGUGUGUAUGUGUGUGUAUAUCUUAUAUAUAUGUAACGUCAUAUGUAGUGUAUUUUAAUGUUAAUAUAAG